AAAAAUUCCUUUUCCUGAGUUCCGGUCAUGACAAUAUCAAGGAAAUAAAGAGAGAACAAUGGAUUCAUCAGAUAGGGUGUUGUUUUGCACCCUUUUUUUAUGAUGAUGGAGCUUCUAAAUACGCUGUCACAUGGUGCACAGAAUGUGAAGUGUUCCUUUGUACAGACUGUGAAAAACACCACAAAAAAUCGAGAAUGUCUAAAGACCAUAAAACCAUGUCUACAGAAGACUACAAAAAAUUACCGGAAUUUAUGCAAGAAUUAAGUAGUAAGUGCAGAGAACACAAGAAAAAGUUUGAAAUUUUCUGUUCAUUCCAUGCCUGUCCUUGCUGUGUCCAGUGUGUCAACGAUAAACACAAGAAAUGUCAAGACAUAAAACCACUGUCAGACAUUAUAAAGCAAAUUAAAUUUUCUGCCUCAGUUCAACUUGUUGAAAAGGAUUUGAAGGAUGUGAAGGAAAACUUUGAAGAGAUUAUAAAAUAUUUAAACAGUAGUAUGAAUACUAACAAUAGUCAAAAACUAAAGGCUACUGAAAAAAUUCGAUCUAUAAAGAAGUCAAUAGAUGAUUUUCUAAAUAAAAUAGAACAAGAAAUUCUUGCCGACUUAGACACCAAGCAUUCAAAGCUGAAAUCAAAGAUGAACAACCUCCUGCAACAACUAGAAUUGCGCGCAAAUCAAAUAAGCCAAUUACAGAGUGGAUUUUCCGAAAUGACCCGACUUGCAACUGAUUUACAGAUGUGUUUUGGUCUUAGGGAAAUUGAGAAAACCACAACACAAGCAGUACAAUACUUAGAAGAUUUACAAAAUGGAGACAACUUUAACGAAAAGAACCUAGAGGUAACUAUUUCAUCUUCUCUACAAUCAAUUUGCAAAGAUGUUAAAUCAUUUGGAGAUAUUAAUAUCAAUAUUAGCCCAUCCACUCUUCGAAUUGAGGCCGGAAGAAAAGAUCAAGCACAAUACCUAGUUCCAACUGUUACUAGAAUUGAAAAAAUUAAACCGCACAGGUUGAGAACCUCGACUAUUCCAGAAAGUACAAUAUGUAUGCAUAUUUUCGCAUGUCGAACAUUGCCUGGUGGUAAAUAUUUAAUUCUUUAUCACAGUAUUCAUCACAGUCACCUGCUGCUGUUCAGUAAUGAUGACAUGUCUAUAAAGAAAAAAAUGACAUUCAUACCAAUUUUUUUAUGAUGCAUGCUUUGUGAGAAAUAACACAGUGGCUGUCACAUUAGGAUCCAACGAAAACCAGACAAAUUUGGUGGAUGUAAAAAGUAAUGAAAUUACUAGAAUAUUUAAUCUAACUCAUUACUGUAAUUCAGUAGCAAGUGAUGGUCAAAUAUUAGUCAUCAGCUGUUAUGAUAAAAGUACCAUAGUGAAUCUGAAUGAUGAAUCUCAUACAAUCUUAGAAGGAGUGGUAGCGAGUCGUAUUUCAGUAUUCCAAGGAAACAUCUAUGGUAUCAUUCAAAAUAAAAACAAAGUCUGCUGCUACAAAAGUACUGGGGAGCCUAUCUGGACAUUUCAACACCGAGAAAUUGACAUACCACGAGGACUUACAUUAGACAAGAAUGGCUUUCUUUAUAUAGCUUGUGACGGGAACAAUAGUGUCGUGGCAUUAUCACCAGAUGGUAAAACAGUAAAAUAAUACUAUCAGAAGCUGAUGGAAUCAACUCUCCUUGGGCAAUAGACAUUAAUAGGGAAACGAGAAUAAUGAUAGUGUCAGCGGAAAUAAGAGAGCGCAGUAGAUUCUGUCAUUCGGCUACUAUUUAUAAAAUCUAAAAUAUGUCCAAUGAAGUACAUGAUGAUAACGAUAGUAACAUUGAUGAAAAUCAAGAUAAAUUAUUUGAAACAGCUUUUGUUUAUAAAAUCUGAAAUAUGUGAUUUUUUUGUAUUUUGCAAAUGUCUAUAUGAUAUCUAUAUUGCUUAAUGAUACCAACAGUAAGUCUUCCUAAUUAUGGAGGGGGCCUUGGUAGCCCAGUGGUCUAAGUAGUUUAAAUACUGUAUCAAUAGCCUGUUAUUGAUAUUCUUUGCGUUCAUCGGACAAUAAUUGUCUUUUUAUACCACGUCCGAGAACAAAUCUUAAGAAAAAGACAUUUAAAUAUUCCGGUUCUUUUCUUUGGAACAGUAUUCAUGUAGAAAUAAAAAAAGAUAGAUAAGACAGAACAGUUCAAACAAAGGUAUCAUAAUUUCUUGUUUCUAGAACAAAAAAGCUAAUUAUCAGAUUCAUAUACAACAUGUUAAACCAACCAAAUAAUGAUUAUCACAGAAAUGUAUCUAUAUUCUAAAAAUCCAUAUAUUUGGCUUGUACAUCAUGAAGAAAAUAUGUUCAUGAAAUGAAUCUGUAAAUUUUUAUACCAUUUGUUUUGCAUAAA